AUGCCCCUCUGGCAGAUAUACCACCCCGCCGGCACAUUCCAGGAUAAUGCAUCCAAGCAAGCCUUCGCAGAAGACAUCACAAAGAUGUACACCGAGGACCUCGGUCUACCAGCCUUCUACGUGGUAACUCAAUUCCAUAGGAUGGACAACGCCGACGUGUUUAUUGGCGGGAAGACAAAGACUACCACUGAAAAACCAUUUGUUCGCGUGGUCAUCAAUCACGUCGCGGUCCAUGUACCUGAUGAGAAUGCCGCGUACCUCCGUACUACGUCUCGUCUUGACGCUAUUGUGAAACCUCAUUUGCUGGACAGGGGGUACGACUUUGAGUACCAUGUUGAUGAGACUGAGAGACGACUUUGGAAGAUUAAUAGUUUGAUUCCACCACCUUUCAAGAGUGCCGAGGAGAGGAUUUGGGUUGAGAAGAAUGAGGUGUUGCCUUAUGAUGGUGCUUAUCCGCCCAAUUAA